AUGGGAGAUCGAUUAGGAUCUACAUCGAAUUCAUUAUUAUUGAAUCCUGUUGAUACAUGCAAUGCUUAUUAUUCGUUAAGUCAAGAUGAUAAUAUAUCUCUUGCACCACCAUCAAAUGUUUCAACGACUGUUGCAACUAAUUCUACUACUAAUCCAACAACAUCUAGUACACUUUGCAUGUUUAUAGAUGGUCGUCCUAUUCAACAACGUUAUAAAUUAUUAACUGAUGGUCUUAUGCAAGUUUGUCGUGUUCCUCAUGCAAGAAAUAUAAUUGAAAAAAUUCGUUUUUCUCGUUUUCUUCGUCGUUGGGAAGAUCAUCAUCUUACUCUUGAACAUAAUGAUAUAUCAUCCAAUACACAUGAAGGUUAUAUGGAUCGACCUAUACUUUAUACAUCCAUAGAAGAUAUAUGUCCAUGGGCAAAAACUAAAAUGAUUGAUUCAAAAUAUCGUUUUUGUAUUCGUAUUGUUACAAAUGAAUGUAUUUAUUUUUUUCAAGUUGGUACACUCUAUUUAAGAGAUCAAUGGUUCUAUUCAAUUCAAUGGAAAAGAAAUAAAUUAAAAUUUGAACGAACUUUACGAUUAGCAAAUCGUCCUGAAAUAUUAUUAAAAGAAAUGACACAUAUGAUUGAUUUUGCAAUGACAAUACCAAUUGAAGAUGUUGAAAUUCAUCAAUUUCCACUUGAAAUUAUUUCUGAAAUUCUUCAACAACAACAAUUUAAUUUACCACGAUUUGUUCAUGAAAAUGUAAUUGUAUCAUUAGCACCAUUACUUGAAAAAAAUUAUCCAUCACCAGAAAUAUGUGAUUUUUUUACUCGACAUUGUCGUGAUAGUCCUCGUUCACAAAUUGUUAUUGAAAUGUUUACACCUGUUGUUCAAAGAAUCUUAAAACAUAAUACUGAUUUUGGUAAAUAUCCUCGAAUGCGUAUAUUUAUUCAAGAAUAUUUACAUGCACUUAAUUCACAAAAUGAUGGUUUACGUGUUGUACAAGAUUUUAUUAAAAGAAUACAUGGUCCAACAAUGAUCUGUCCAUUUCCACGUGUUUUAUCAAAUUUUGUUUCUGUUUGUCUUGCAGCUAUUUAUAAUUUUUUUGAAGAUCGUAAAAAUUUUCGAUUUGAAGAUAAAGAGAGUUAUCGAGCAUAUGAAGAAGAAGCUGACAGUCAAUUAGUAUGUUAUACAACAAUGUUACAAACUAUGUCUACAUUUGACGAUUGGAGACCACAACUUGGUUUACUUCUUCAAUCAAUUCCAUUUCCUGAUGAAGCAUUAACACAUGAUCGUUUUAUAGAAAUAUUUAAAAAUGUUGUUAAAAAUCUUGUUGAUGAUUCUCGAUGUGAAAUUCAUCAAACAGUAUUAGGUAUUCGUGAAGGAAAAGAAGGAUGGCUUGAAAUGUUUUGUUUGGGUAGUAUUGCAUGUGAUGAUGAUGGUGAAAUGUUUUCUCUUAUUCUUAGUAAAUUAAUUUCAUGUUGUUGUCGAAAAAAACGAUUUUUAUUAAGUAUUAAUAAAUUAUUACCAGCAUUAAUGUUACUUGCAUUACGUGAAAAUCAAAGUUCAUUAGAAACUCUAUGUGCUAUGCUUGAUUUAGAUGCUAUUGAAAAUCGUGAUAAUAAAUUACAAUUAAUAUCAACAUUACAAUCAACAUCAACUGGUUUAAAAUUAUAUGCAAAAGUAUGUGAUAGACAAAUAGCAUUAAGAGAAUUACAACAAAAAGGUGGACCAAAAAAAUUAACAUUACCAUCACGUUCAACAGAUAAUGAUCUAGCAAAAUUAUUAUCAAGUGGUUCAUUUGGUAAUCUUGAAUGUUUAAGUUUAGCAUUUACAAAUGUAACAAGUGCUUGUGCUGAACAAUUAAUUAAAUUACCAGCACUUCGAUAUUUAAAUUUAUGGUCAACACAAUUUGGUGAUGCUGGUUUAGAAUUAAUUUCUGAACAUUUAAAUCGUUUACAAGUACUUAAUUUAUGUGAAACACAAGUAACAGAUAAAGGUUUAAAUUAUUUAUCUUGUAUGAAAAUGUUAAGAAAACUUAAUUUAAAUUCUACACAUUUAUCUCCAGUAACAUUUGAAGCUUUAAAAGAAAAAUUACCUGCUUUACAAGAAUGCGAUAUACGAUAUACGGAUGCUUGGUAA